AUGGAGCGCGUAAAUGCGGAAGUUAAGAUUUUGUCAACUGGGUUAAAGUAUCUUUCACGUUAUGUGACACAACAAGAACGUCAGUUAGAUUCAGCAUUGGGAAAGAUCACUACUCUUGAAGAACAGUUGUCUGCUCAUCUGUCAAAGUGUACACCUUCUUCACCGUGUACACAACGAUCUAUAGGCUGUCAGACUUCGCCAAAAUCGAAACCUUCAGUUACACUGUCAUCAAGUCGAAAGCAUUCAGUCACUUUAUCGCCUGACAUGAAUGAUGUCUCUUCUUCUUCUUCUUCAAGAAGUAGUGUCAGCAAAUCCUUUAAUGGCACAAUACAAUGGCUUCAAACAGCAUCCAAUUCAGUGGACAAGGAUACACCAAAAAUUUCUAACAAACUGGAGAUUAAUAAAUGUCAGGCUGUCAACUCGCUUUCCUCUCAAAGAGUUGUGACUACUCCUAAGGAGGAAAUGAAUGAAAUCCCGUCAACUUCGAGAAUACAGAUUAUUCUUCAUCAAUCAAUCAAUCAAUCAACCCGGUUAUAGUACUAAAACUUCUUUGGGCUAUUGUAGCUCAUUUUAAACCAGCAUUUAUUAUUGUUGUUAACAUUUGCAUUUUAUUUUGUGUGUGUAUAUAUAAGAGAGAGGGAGAUGUACAACACAAAUGGUUUUAUUCCAUUUCCUGGUUAUUAUUAUUAUUAUUUCCUUAUUGCCCUUUUUUGUUGUCAUACUAAGAGAACAGAUUAAACUAUUUUUGUGAUCAGAGUGAUCUGUUAUUCCUUUUAAAUGAAUGAAUAAAUGGAUGGAGUUGAUCCAGUUGUUUAGUGUUCAUUUGGUUGUGUAUGUGUGUGUCUGUUUCUGAACGUUAUCAUACCUAGUUAUAUGUAUUUUAAAGUAUUGAUUUUGUAGGAAUUUAUAUUUGAUUGGUUGGAGGAUUUCAUCAUGAGCUGACUUCUGUUAGAGAACCAUUGGAAAACUGGUCAGCUGUUUCGUCAACCUAGUGUGGGACUAUUCAUCAGUACGCACCUACUGGGAUCCGAACCCAGGACUUUCUGGUCACAAGGUGAGCUCGUAGACCAUUAUAUGUAUGUAUAUGUAUGACUAGAUAAAUAGCGUGAAUUCCCAGCUGAUGGAUUCGACUCACCCUAGUGAUUCGGAGAUCGCUGGUUCCUGAAUCCUACGUCAACCUAGAUUUUCAUCUCACUUUUACAGUCUUCAGUGAGUAAUAUUAGCAUUAUCUGUAGAGUACUAGCUGGUUAAAGACUGACUGACGGCCGACUGACCUCAUAAUAUAGAACGUAGUACAUAAGUAAGUCACUUCAAGUUGCCACACUCCAUGUAGGCCACAAAGGUAGAAAAAAAGAAGUUCAGAAGACGAUAGUAAGCAGAAAUAUGACGGGGAAAGAAUAGUACUAACUUGGGAAAGAUUGACGAUCUAGUGGACAUCGGAGAGAUCAUAAAGAGUGAAUGCAUCUGCUCCACUGGGAACCCCAUCGUAGGAUCGCGGGGACAACAGUCAAACAGCCUCCAUCUUUCUAUGUGACUGUCUGAAACCAUAAGCUCAUAAAAUUCAUGAAGUGAUGCCAGGUUUUGGUUCGACCACCCCUAACUCUUUUUCAAUCUAAUCCUAUGUCGGCUAACAUUUCCUGUCAAGGGAGACGAUGUCACAGUAUGCGUAACAUAUAUCGUAGUCAUCUCAAUCUCAAUUCGAAUGGAAACUAUAUGGUUUGUGAUCGCUAGAACACGUGUUGCGCAUGCCAAGCCAUUGCCUUUCUCGACUAGCAAUUUUAGCUGACAUUUAGGAGGUUAGGUUGCAAAAGGGUGGUUGGUUGGCUGAACAAAAACAUGACAUCAAUUCAUGGGUGUAUUCUAGAAGGGAUGACUAAUUGGAAACUAGAAAAGAGGGCAGAAGGUGGCAUGCAGUAAAAAAAUGUGAGACAAUGACUAACCAGUAUACUUGUGUACAAUGAAUAAGAACUAUUGGAAAAACGAUAAAGUGUUUUUAUAUAAAUUCUGUAUGAAAACACCAUUUUAUUAAUAAAUAGUAAUAUAGUGGCAAUAAAAUAUGGGUGGUGGGAAUAAUAAUAAUAAUAAGUAAACUUACAUAAUGAAAAGAAAAGAAAUUGUAGGGAAAACGUUACGCUGGCCACGGUAGGACGAGGGAAUGUAUGUGGUGCUUUUGCAUAUUAAAUAUUAAUUAUAAAACAUUGUGAUUUAUCAACAGGAUGAAUAGACUGUGCACACAAAUUGUGCAUUCAUCGUUAUUUUUUUGGAUUCUGUGUGGAAAGUAGGGCUGGAGAAAUAAACGCCAUUUCACUGAGUUCUUUGCUUCCUUUUGCAGUUGGCUCAACAACUGUUCAUGACCUUUCAUCCACUCCUCACAUGACCUCCUCCACUACACAAAUGCCAAACUUGCCACUUCACACUCGAGUUUCACUCGAAGGCGUGACAUAUAAUGUUAUUUAGUGUUUAGGAAACCUACGUUCUUUUUCUUCUCUAUAGAUUUUUUUGGGCUAUAGGUUGUUGGUUGGUUGGUUCACUGCUCUGCUGUGGUUCGUUGUUGCCUAUCCUCUCUAGCCAGUCAUGUGAUCUUCAUUAUCAAGAAAGCGAAAGUAGAUGCGGAUGAAAGUCUAAAGCCUGUUUACUGGUUCACUAGUUCACUACCUAUUCCUAAGCUCAAAAAAAGAGGUACGCUUGCACGUGAGGCUAUUAACCCUAUAGCAGAAAAUCAAUCCGGCUGCUACAGCAACUUCACAUCACCAGGAAAUUUCUAUUUAGUCACAAUACUUAAAAUAUCAGCUAAAUUUUUCAACAGUGAAGUGUGUUACUACAGCAAUAGGGGAAAAGCGUAUAUAUAUGUAUAUAUAGGCAACUAAUUCAAUCGUAGUAGAUUAGAGGAGUUAGAUGGUCUAAGAGGUAGUAAAAUGUGAGGCCACCUAAAAAUGACCAAAGAGAAAAGGAAAUUAUGGAGGUGUUAAGAGAAGCUAUAUUUCGCACUCGGAACCCAAUGAGAGAAUGUUAUAAUGAGGAAGGAAUACAAGAAACUGUCUGACGAGGAUCGAAAAUACAUAACUGGUGAUAUAAUUAGUUGAUUCUGCUCCUGUCAAAGAGGAGGAUGUGUCUAUUUGAACUUUAUUCACCCAGAUAUUAUAGAAUCAUGGUUUUGGCUACACACAGGAGACAAAUACGAAUACCACCGGAAAGAUUCAACACGCUACACCUAUUCAGCAUGGCAUCUUUCCUUUCGGUCGUUAAGUGUCCACUGUCAACCAGACCAGACAAGAUGAAGCUUUAGAUAUUUAAUUGAAUUUAAGAUUUUCCCGCCGAUUGAUUGAACCGAAGU